AUGGAAUCCCUGUAUCACCAGUUUGAACCAUCUGUCUAUGGAGAGCACAAAGUGACAACACGCCCAGGUAUAAAGAGCGCUGUGGCUUUUCUCCUCUAUGGCAUCCUGGUGCUACUGCUGUUAAUCCUGCUAAUGGUCAUUGGGAUAAAAUUCUCCCAGUUAAACAAAGAAAUCACUGAUGUCAAACUUUACCUUGAGACAAUCAACAAGGGAGGAAAACCUUCCUCACCGGGUUCAGCUUUCCAAACCGAAGGUACAAUAACUGUGCAGGAUGUCUACUUACAGAAACUUCACCCAGUUAGAGGAACAUGUAGAGAAGGAUGGGUGUCUUUUCAGAGAAGCUGUUACCUGCUGUCCACCACCGCUGUGACCUGGAGCAAAGCAGAGGAGCAGUGCCGAACACUGGGAGGACACCUGCUGGUUGUGAACAAUGUGGAGGAGCUAGACUACAUUUCAAAAAUUGUUGAACUCAGAUACAGCUACUGGAUUGGACUUGUGGAGCGAGAACAUGAGGGACACUGGAGCUGGGUGGAUGGCACUGACUUCAAUUCAACCCUAACUUUCUGGGAUAUAGGUCAGCCUGAUGACUGGGACUACAGUGAGAACGGAGAGGAUUGUGGACAGCUUCACGCCUCUCAAAUACGCAAACGCAAGAUGUUGAAUGAUGCAGACUGUAGCUCUCCAUACAAGUACAUCUGUGAAACCAAGGCCUGAGAGGUAGUGGACCUCUGAGCUGCAGAAACCCAUGACA